UUUCAAUUUAAUCGAUUUAAAUUAAUUAAAUCAAAAAGAUUUCAAAUCAAAAUUAAUCAUUUAAUCGAUUACAACAAUUGACAAGAUCUAAAAAUAACCAAGAAAUCAUUUCAGAUGAAAAUAACCCCGGAAAAUUUUGUUACCAAGCGGCUACAAUUAAAUUUUAUUUAGUAAAUAAUUAGAACAAAGAAGCAUAGAAUAACGCUUUUUGUGUAGUUAAAAGAUAACGAGAUAAGUGUUCCUACAAAUAACGAGGCGAUUUCGGUUUAACCGAGGCAGUAUAAAGCGGGACGGAACGCUUUUAACGCUUCAGUUUUAAUACAACGGUGAACGCGAAUACACAAAAAUGAAAUUACCCACUUUAUUCAAAAGUGAUUCUUCGGUUUCCGACAUGUCCACACAUUCGAAACGUUCCAAAACCAAGCUACAACCCCUCGAACUCUUUGUUGGGAACAUUUCCGAAGAAUUAGAAGCUCCGUUAACAUCCGAAAUAGUCUUUAGAAAAAUUUGGAGGAUUCGUAAAUUCAAAAAAACAAUUUCACGAAGAGAAACUAUUGAUAGUCCAAAUUUCCGUUGCUCCGUCAAUGGGCUUACGACUUAUUGGAAUAUGUCGAUUCGUUUUUGGAAAGGCCCUAAUGGAAAAAAAGUAACUAAUCCGGUCGUUCUUUGUCUCAACUUAACGGGAUGCGAAACCGAAGAGAUUGGCCAAGCUCGAGUUCGAUUUCAAUUCGGCGUUUGGGACGCUUCGAUUAAACAUUGGGAGUGUUGCCCUAUUUCUAGCGUUGUUUUAAACUUGGAAAAUACCCACGAAUUGCACUCGAUCGGUUAUAAGACUUUAGGAAUUUUAGACAGACAUUUAGAUAGUGUAAAAGAUGUUAGUAUUAUGGUCAAAAUUCAAGUGAUUCAAAGCGACGAGGAAAAACAUAGUUUAUCCCAAGACUUUGCCCGAAUUUUAUCACUAGAAAACGAAGAACUCACCGAUACCAUCAUCGACACUAUGGGCGAAGAGAAACCAGAAACUUUAAAAGCACACAGUUUAAUAAUUCGUUCGAGAAGUGCGAUUUUAGCAAGAAAAUUACGCGAUUAUUCAGACCCCAACAACAAGAACAUUAAAUAUCGAUUAAAUUUAACGGAAAUAAACCAUCAAAUAGCUCAAGAACUCUUCAGAUACAUAUAUUCCGACAAAGUGGAUAAUGCGGAAGCUUGCGUUAAUAAAUUAUUACCGCUCUCAACGCGAUUUAAUUUGCCUGGUUUGACAACUUUGUGUGAACGGGUCCUUUUAGAAAAUUUAACUCCGAGCAACAUUGGGAAUAUUCUUUUAUUAGCCGAUCAAUGCGGUUGCGAAAACUUGAAAAAAGCCGCUUUACAUUAUUGCGAGGAAUCAGACGAGAUCAAAGAUAGUGUACAAAUCGGUAAAACGUUAGCAUGGAGAGUAAUGGAAAUGGUUAAUCCAGAUUUAUUUCUCGAAGCAUGCGAAAGCAUCGGAAGUUCCUCAAGCAAUUUAGACAGCCCUUCAACUCCCGGAUCGUUCAGCGAUUUUUAAUUAACAUUAAUUUGUUUUCUAUGAAAACUUUGAAAUGUUUAUAUUUUAAGAUGUUAACAUUUUAUAAGAUUUUUUAAACUCUUUCAAUAUCCAUGUCUAUUUAUUUUUAUACUAUUUAUUAUGUAAUAUUAAGAGAAUUUUAUGAAAAUAAAAUAAUAAAAAGAAUUUAGCGACAUCUCUUAUUCAACAGCGGAAUUAAUCAACAAGCAAUAUUGAUUUUAGUUUAUGUUCGAUCGUAAUCAGAGAUAAUAUAAGGAUCGUAAUGCAAUGUAAUGUAAUGUAAAACGAUAAUAAUAAUCAUAUUACAAUCUUAA